CUUUGUCGUCCUCCUCCUCGUCGACUAGUCUAGUUCACUGUCUAACUACUAGUUAGUUAGUCUCCAUCGCCCCUCUCAAGUCUCUCCUAAAGCUGCUGGCUGCUUAAAUCUUUCUGCUUCAGCUUCUCAGACCUCGUCCUUCAUCCUCUUCUACUCCUCCGCCUCCUUUUUCGUUUGUUAAACUCCCCUCGUCGCUUCAAUGCUUCAAGUACCUGUUCGGGAGCACUCCAACGUGGCCUCCACAAAGGCCGUGAUCUUGGUCGGUGGUCCGUCCAGAGGAACUCGGUUCAGGCCUCUGUCUCUCGAUGUGCCUAAGCCCUUAUUCGAAGUCGCCGGACACCCUAUUAUUCAUCACUGCUUGAAAGCCCUUGCGAAGAUCCCCGAUAUUCGCGAAGUUAUCCUCGUCGGUUAUUAUGACGAAACGGUCUUCCGUGAUUUUAUCAAGGACUCCGCCAAGGAGUUCCCUCAGUUUAAGAUUCAAUACCUGCGCGAAUACACGGCUCUGGGUACCGCCGGUGGUCUCUACCACUUCCGCGAUGCCAUUCUCAAGGGAAAGCCCGAGCGCUUCUUCGUCCUGAACGCCGAUGUCUGCUGCUCAUUCCCGCUCGGAGAGAUGCUCAAGCUGUUCGAGGAGAAGGAUGCGGAGGCCGUCAUUCUCGGAACCCGGGUCAACAACGAUGCUGCCACCAACUUCGGUUGCAUCGUGUCCGAUGCGCACACCAAGCGCGUGCUGCACUACGUCGAGAAACCCGAGUCGCACAUCUCCAACCUCAUCAACUGCGGUGUCUACCUCUUCGCCACCGAAUGCAUCUUCCCCUCAAUCCGCAGCGCCAUCAAGCGUCGCACCACCCGGCCCCGCCUGCUCUCAUACCCUUCGUCUGAGAACCUGGAAUCCUCGUUCGUCGCGGCCGAGGACGACGCUGAGAAGAGCGAAGUCCUCCGUCUCGAACAGGACAUCCUGUCCGAUCUGGCCGACAGCAACCGCUUCUUCGUCCACGAGACCAAGGACUUCUGGCGCCAGAUCAAGACCGCCGGGUCCGCGGUUCCCGCGAAUGCUUUGUACCUCCAAAAGGCCUUCCAGGCUCAGUCCGAAGAGCUCACCCCACCUUCCGCCUCCAUUGUGCCCCCCGUUUACAUCCACCCCUCUGCCACCGUCGACCCCACCGCCAAGCUCGGCCCCAACGUCUCCAUCGGACCCCGUGUCGUCGUGGGCGCUGGUGCUCGUAUCAAGGAUUCGAUUGUGCUGGAAGAUGCCGAGAUUAAGCACGACGCUUGCGUGCUGCACUCGAUCAUCGGCUGGAGCGGUCGCGUUGGCGCCUGGGCCCGUGUGGAGGGUACGCCAGUCCCGAUGGCCAGCCACUCGACCAGCAUCAUCAAGCACGGCGUCAAGGUUCAGAGCAUCACCAUCCUGGGCAAGGAGUGUGCUGUGGGCGAUGAGGUGCGCGUCCAGAACUGUGUCUGUCUGCCUUACAAGGAACUGAAGCGCGACGUCGCCAACGAAGUUAUUAUGUAGAAAGUCGGCCCUGCGCUUGGAAAUCUGGAACGUAACGUGUGAACGGAUUUUGUCUCAGAUGCUUUUCAUGAAAUGCUUCUCCUAUCGCUGCCAUGCUCUUCUUGGUUACACUUUAAUGAUCGAUUGAUUUUUCUUUCCUGGCCUUCGAUUGCGGACUUCUUAUCUCGCUUCAGCAAAUUCUUUAGAGCUAGUGUUCGUGCUUAGAAUGAACGGGGCAUGGGUAUGGAUUGUAUGCCCGCC